CAUUUAAUAAUUGAUAACUUUGAUUUUUCUUAUUUUUAAUAUUUGAGGUUUUAAAAUUUAAACUUUGAAUUCAGUUUGGUGUGAUCUGCAGUUGUUGUUUUGUUAUCAAGGAGCUAUCAUUGAAAUCUCUCACUUUUCGUAAGUUUGAAGUCUCUCCGAUCCUUUCUUUUUUAAAAGAAAUUUAUUUGGUGGAGGAAGUUUCGAUUUUUAGAAAAAAAAUUUGAAGCUAUAAAUAAGGCUAUCUGAUCCCAGGUUUUUGGUGCAAGUAAGAGAUCAAUCCCGCAAAUUUUGAAUCAGGUUUUUGAGUUAUAACGCGAGAUCUGAGCAAUGGCAGCAAAUUCAUCAAAUGGGGAACAACAAUCACCCUCAAAGCCAUCACCUUUGCCAUCUCCAUUGCGCUUUUCUAAGUUUUUCCAGUCCAACAUGAGGAUUUUGGUUACCGGAGGAGCUGGUUUUAUUGGUUCUCACUUGGUGGACAAAUUGAUGGAAAAUGAGAAAAAUGAGGUGAUUGUUGUUGAUAACUUCUUCACUGGAUCAAAGGACAAUCUUAGAAAGUGGAUUGGUCAUCCUAGAUUUGAGCUUAUUCGUCACGAUGUUACCGAGCCAUUGUUGAUUGAGGUUGAUCAAAUUUACCACCUUGCAUGCCCGGCUUCUCCAAUUUUCUACAAGUACAACCCUGUGAAGACAAUAAAGACGAAUGUCAUUGGCACACUGAACAUGUUGGGGCUUGCAAAGCGAGUGGGAGCAAGGAUAUUGCUUACAUCAACAUCAGAGGUGUAUGGAGAUCCUCUUAUCCACCCUCAACCUGAAACAUAUUGGGGCAAUGUUAACCCAAUUGGGGUUCGGAGUUGCUAUGAUGAAGGGAAACGUGUAGCUGAAACCCUAAUGUUUGAUUACCAUAGGCAGCAUGGGAUAGAGAUCCGCAUUGCUAGAAUCUUCAACACAUAUGGGCCACGCAUGAACAUUGAUGAUGGGCGUGUUGUCAGCAAUUUCAUUGCUCAAGCACUUCGUGGUGAACCACUGACAGUUCAGAAACCCGGGACACAAACUCGUAGUUUUUGUUAUGUCUCCGACAUGGUUGAUGGCCUUAUUCGUCUCAUGGAGGGGGAGAACACUGGUCCAAUCAAUAUCGGGAACCCAGGCGAAUUUACCAUGAUCGAGCUUGCUGAGACGGUAAAGGAGCUUAUUAAUCCGAAGGUGGAGAUAAAUAUGGUGGAGAACACUCCAGACGAUCCACGACAAAGAAAACCCGACAUCACAAAAGCAAAAGAGUUGCUAGGUUGGGAGCCGAAAGUGAAGUUGCGUGACGGUCUUCCUCUAAUGGAGGAGGAUUUCCGAUUGAGGCUCGGAGUCUCCAAAGAGAACAAACCAUGAAUGAAUUAUACAGCGGGUAGAAUUUUUUGGAUUGGCCGAUUUCAGUGCUUGUGGUGGGAAAAGUGGGAGCUUAUGUUAUCAGUGAAGUCUAGUUGAUGCCCUCGUCUGCUGUGUCUUGUUCUUUAUGAUUUCAUAGAAAAUAAACCAUUAUAUCCCCACUGAAUGUGAGAAUUUGUGAAACUAUUUGAAUUUUGGUAUGGCUUGUAGAUGAUGGAGUUGCCAUGAAUUUUGUUGGUUACAAGCAAUUAAUAAAAUUUGAUGAUUAUUAUUGUGUUUU